GCGAGAGAGGCUCUCGGGACAGCUUCUGGAGUCCGCGUUCUGGAGUCCCUCCGCAAUCCGAGAGCAGCUACCGUGUCCCCGCAGGCUCAGGAUGCGGCCAGGACGGACAGGGGGCGCGCCGUUGCGGCUGGUGUUAGUGCUUAGUCAAGGCAUUUUAAAUUGUUGUAUGGCAUACAAUGUUGGUCUCCUAGAAGCAAAGAUAUUUUCCGGUCCUUCAAGUGAACAGUUUGGCUAUGCAGUGCAGCAGUUUAUAAAUCCAAAAGGCAACUGGUUACUAGUCGGUUCACCUUGGAGUGGCUUUCCUGAGAACCGAAUGGGAGAUGUGUAUAAAUGUCCUGUUGAUCUGUCCAGUGCUACAUGUGAAAAACUGAAUUUGGAAACUGCCACAAGCAUUCCCAAUGUUACUGAAAUGAAAACCAACAUGAGCCUUGGCUUGACUCUCACAAGGAACAUGGGCACUGGAGGAUUUCUCACGUGUGGUCCCCUGUGGGCACAGCAGUGUGGAAGUCAAUAUUACACAACUGGGGUUUGUUCUGACGUCAGUCCCGAUUUUCAGCUCUUGACCAGCUUUGCACCUGCAGUUCAGACCUGCCCUUCCCUCAUAGAUGUUGUGGUUGUGUGUGAUGAAUCGAACAGUAUUUAUCCCUGGGAUGCAGUAAAGAAUUUUUUGGAAAAAUUUGUCCAAGGCCUGGAUAUAGGCCCCAAGAAAACACAGGUGGGGUUAAUUCAGUAUGCCAACAAUCCAAGAGUUGUAUUUAACCUGAACACUUUCAAAACCAAAGCUGAAAUGAUUGAAGCAACAUCCCAGACAUACCAGUAUGGUGGAGACCUCACAAAUACAUUCAAAGCAAUUCAAUAUGCAAAAGAUUCUGCUUAUGCAGCAGCGGCUGGAGGACGACCGGGUGCCACCAAAGUAAUGGUGGUUGUAACUGAUGGUGAAUCGCAUGAUGGUUCAAUGUUGAAAGCUGUGAUUGAUCAAUGCAACAAUGACAACAUACUGAGGUUUGGCAUAGCAGUUCUUGGGUACUUAAACAGAAAUGCCCUUGAUACUAAAAAUUUAAUAAAGGAAAUUAAAGCAAUUGCCAGUAUUCCAACAGAAAGAUAUUUUUUCAACGUGUCUGAUGAAGCAGCUCUACUAGAAAAGGCUGGGACACUAGGAGAACAAAUUUUUAGCAUUGAAGGUACUGUUCAAGGAGGAGACAACUUCCAGAUGGAAAUGUCACAAGUGGGAAUCAGCGCAGAUUACUCUCCUCAGAACGAUAUUCUGAUGCUGGGUGCAGUAGGAGCUUAUGCCUGGAGUGGGACUGUUGUCCAGCAGACAUCUCAUGGACAUUUGAUCUUUCCUAACCAGGCCUUUGACCAAAUUCUGCAAGAUAAAAACCACAGCUCAUAUUUAGGUUACUCUGUGGCUGCAAUUGCUACUGAAAAAGACCUCCAUUUUGUUGCUGGUGCUCCUCGGGCAAAUUAUACUGGCCAGAUCGUGCUCUACAGUGUUAAUGAGAAUGGCAAUGUCACAGUUAUUCAGGCUCACCGAGGUGACCAGAUUGGCUCCUAUUUUGGGAGUGUGCUGUGUUCCGUCGAUGUGAAUAAAGACACCAUUACAGAUGUGCUCUUGGUGGGUGCACCAAUGUUCAUGAACGACUUAAAGAAAGAGGAAGGAAGAGUCUACCUGUUUACCAUCUCAAGGGGCGUUUUGAAUUGGCACCAAUUUCUUGAAGGCCCUGAGGGUGUUGAAAAUGCUCGGUUUGGUUCAGCGAUUGCAGCUCUUUCAGAUAUCAACAUGGAUGGCUUUAACGAUGUAAUAGUUGGUUCACCUUUGGAAAAUCAGAACUCUGGAGCUGUGUAUAUCUACAACGGUCACGAGAGCACCAUUCGCAUGAGAUAUUCUCAGAAAAUCCUGGGAUCCGAUGGAGCCUUUAGGAGCCAGCUCCAGUACUUUGGGAGAUCUUUGGAUGGUUAUGGUGACUUAAAUGGGGAUUCUAUCACCGACGUGUCUGUUGGUGCCUUUGGGCAAGUCGUUCAGCUGUGGUCACAAAGUAUUGCUGAUGUAUCUGUGGAAGCUUUGUUCACACCAGAAAAAAUUAUUUUGUUCAACAAGAAUGCUGACAUAAAACUCAAACUCUGUUUCAGUGCCAAGUUUAGACCUACUAAGCAAAACGAUCAAGUGGCCAUUAUCUACAACAUCACAAUUGAUGCAGACCUAUAUUCAUCCAGAGUAACCUCCAGGGGUUUAUUUAAAGAAAAUAAUGAAAGGUGCCUGCAGAAGAAUCUGCUCGUAAGCCAAGCACAGAGUUGCGCUGAGCACACCAUCCACAUACAGAAGCCCUCUGACGUUGUCAACUCUUUGGAUCUGUGUGUGAACAUCAGUCUGGAAAACCCUGGCACCAGCCCCGCCCUUGAAGUCUACUCUGAGAAGGCCAAGGUCUUCAGUAUCCCUUUCUACAAAGACUGUGGGGAUGAUGGAGUUUGUAUCUCGGAUCUAGUUCUAGAUGUCCAACAACUAUCAGCCACUCAAGAUCAACUCUUUAUUGUCAGCAACCAAAACAGAAGGUUAACAUUUUCAAUAACACUGAAAAACAAAAGGGAAAGUGCAUACAACACUAGAAUUGUUGUUGAUUUUUCAGAAAACUUGUUUUUUGCUUCCUGGUCCAUCCCGGUUGAUGGGACAGAAGUAACAUGCCAGAUUGCUUCAUCUCAGAAGACUGUUACCUGUGAUGUUGGCUACCCUGCUUUGAAGAGGGAGCAACAGGUGACUUUCACUAUUAACUUUGACUUCAAUCUUCAAAACCUUCAGAAUCAGGCAUCUGUCCAUUUCCAAGCCUUAAGCGAAAGCCAUGAAGAAAACAAGGCAGAUAAUUUGGUCAACUUCAAAAUUCCUCUGCGGUAUGAUGCCGAUAUUCACAUAACAAGAUCCACCAACAUAAAUUUUUAUGAAGUCUCCUCAGAUGAGAAUGUUCCUUCUGUCGUGCACAGUUUUGAAGAUAUUGGUCCAAAAUUCAUCUUCUCCAUUAAGGUAACAACAGGGAGUGUUCCAGUAAGCAUGGCAUCUGUAAUCAUCCACAUCCCUCAAUACACCAAAGAAAAGAAUCCACUGAUGUACCUGACUGAGGUGCACACAGAUCAGGCUGGUGACAUCAGCUGUAAUGCCGAAAUAAAUCCACUGAAAAUAGGACACAUGUCUCCUUCUGUGUCUUUCAAGAAUGAAAAUUUCCGGCACAUAAAAGAAUUGAACUGCAGAGCUGCUUCAUGUGGUAAUGUUACCUGCUGGAUGAAAGACCUUCAGGUCAAAGGAGAGUACUUCCUUAAUGUAUCAACCAGAAUUUGGAACGGGACUUUUGCAGCAUCAACUUUCCAGACCGUACAGCUGAGCGCAUCUGCAGAAAUUGACACCUAUAACCCUCAGAUAUAUGUGAUUGAAGAAAACACAGUCACGAUUCCCAUCACAAUAAUGAAACCUCAUGAGAAAGCUGAAGUUCCAACUGGAGUUAUAGUAGGAAGUGUAAUUGCUGGAAUCCUUUUGCUAUUAGCUCUGGUUGCAGUUUUAUGGAAGCUCGGCUUCUUCAAAAGAAAAUAUGAAAAAAUGUCCAAAAAUGCAGAUGAGAUUGACGAGACCACAGAACUCAGCAGCUGAGCCCCCAACAGUCUCCUGGCAGCAUGCAGCCUGGGUUUGCAAUUUGCAUGAAUGGAUUUUUUUUUUUUAAAUCCCAGUGUUUUAUGUGUAAUAGGUAAACUAGCCUGAUAUUUUACAAAAACUGCAGGUCAGUUUGGAAAGAAGAAAUGGGGGGGCGGUGGCUAGGACUAUAAAGGGUAAAAGACUUAUUUUAUAUGGGGGGAAAAGUAUCUUUCCAUUGGCUGGUCCAGAGUUUACAUUAUAAUGUGCAUUGUUUCAGAAAAAUGAAAUGCUUACAAACAUGAGAAGUCUUAAAGAAAAAUAUAACCUUUCUCCAAUUGGGGGGGAACCCCAAUCAUUGAAAAUGAUUGUUUUUAAACAGUAACAACAAAAGUGGAAGGACUUGGCAUAGAUACAGAAUUAGCUUGGCUAUUGAUGUUGAUGGGGAGAAAACAACAGGUUUUCAACUUAUGCUGCUCAUCCAAAGCUGCCACAGAAGUUAAAGUGAUAAUUUUCUUAAUAAAGUAGGGUAAAAUUUGCUGUUGUCAGCCUGCAGCUGCCUUCUCAGUCCCUUGUUUGCUAGGAUGUACUUACCAAAACAUGCCUGGAUACCUGGUAGGAGCCCAGAGUAUGCUUUCUGGAGAAAAAACUUCCAUUUAAGGGUGGAGAGGGGGUAGCAGUUUAGAGGCCAAAGCACAAAACUUUGUUUAAAAUCCAUUAAUAUCACAAUGUUUAUGGUAAAAUCCUAUCUGCUAGAGGCCCAGCCUAUGCUAUAGGAAGUAGGAAGUUGCCUUUCUCCUUCAGGAUGCCCAACUUACUAACUUGACUGCCUGGCAGGGACCUAGUUUGAAUUUUCAGAAGAUGAGUAAUUUCUUCGGCAUCCUUUCUCCUUCCGGACUAAGCCACUCUCCCACCUCCUGGUGCCCCCAUCUUCUAGAAGCUCCCUGAGGCACGCCUUCCUAUCCAGUCAUCCAGAGUUAACCACCUUCCCUUGGCCCUUGGCCCAGUCUCCCAUUCCUUGGGGGCAGCUGCUCCACACCAGGUAUGAGGAAGAAAAAUCAUCUCACAUACUUAUGUGAAUAAUCUCCUUAACUCCAGGGAGCUAUUUAUUGGUAAACAAGUAAGAAAAAUAAGCCAGAGUGAAUUUCUAAUUGUUGGAAUUUCAGGCAGUGUAAAGAAGCAAAAAAAAAA